GGAUCUUCAAAUCCUACUGCAGCAAUGGCGAACCAUCAGAUGUCUGGAGCUGAGUACCUUGCUUCUAUAUACGGUACAGAAAAGGAUAAGGUAAAUUGCUCAUUCUAUUUUAAAAUUGGUGCCUGUCGACAUGGUGAAAAGUGUUCUCGUACGCAUAUCAUGCCCUCAUUUUCACAGACAGUCCUCCUCAAAAAUUUGUAUCACAACCCUCUUAUCGAUACGAGGCAGGCGGAUGCAUUUUCAAAGGUUGGGCAACAAAACAAGGAGGAACAGGAAUAUUUUGAAGAAUUCUUUGAAGAAAUUUUUGUUGAAUUAGAAGAUCGAUAUGGCCCUAUCGAUGAAAUGAAUGUUUGUGACAAUAUUGGAGAACACAUGAUUGGAAAUGUUUAUGUAAAAUUCGAGAACGAAGAAGAUGCAGAUAAAUGCGUAAAGGGUUUAGAAAACAGAUGGUUUAAUGGUAGCCCCAUAUACGCAGAACUUUCACCUGUUACCGACUUCAGAGAGGCAUGUUGUCGGCAGUAUGAAUUAGGAGGCUGUAACAAGGGGGCGUUCUGCAAUUUUAUGCAUUUAAAACAGAUUUCUCGUGAAUUAAGGAGGAAGUUGUAUGGCCCUCGCGCUGAAUUCCGUGGCGGUGGAUAUUACGGAGCAGGGGCAAAUUACGGCGGCUACGGAGGUGGUUACGAUAGGCAUGGUGGAGGCUACGGAGGUAUGAGAAUUUGUGCCUCGAAAUGA